UGCAGCCCCGCAUCGGGGGAACUGGUCCCGACCCCCCGCACCGCACAGGCAGCACAGUGUCAAUGACUUUGUCACACCCGCCCCGCGGCCGGUCACAGCCAUGAAUGGGCGGGGUUACGGGCUGAUGCGGAGCCCGCCGCCAGUGCCGGUGCUGAGGGCCGGCUUCCCCCUGAGCGGCCUGGCGGCCAUGUCGCAGAUCACCCCGUGUCUGUACCUCAGUAACGGCAGCGCCGCCGCCAACCGCCCCCUGCUGGCCAGCCGCGGCAUCACAUGUGUCGUCAACGUCACAGUGGAGCUGCCGAGUCCUCAUUGGCCGGACGUGGAGCACGUGACGGUGCCGCUGCCUGACCUGCCGCACGCGCCGCUCUCGCUGUACUUCGACACCAUCGCCGACAAAGUGCGCAGUGUGAGUGCGCGACAAGGCCGGACCCUGAUCCACUGUGUGGCCGGCAUCAGCCGCUCGGCCUCGCUCUGCCUCGCCUACCUCAUCAAGUACCACCAGCACAGCCUCCUCCAGGCCUAUCAGUGGGUCAAGGCGCGGCGGCCAAUCAUCAGGCCCAACGUGGGCUUCUGGCGGCAGCUGGUGGAGUACGAGAGGAGGGUCUCGGGCAGGAACAGUGUCAAGAUGGUGGUCUCGGGCCUCGGACUUGGCCUCAUCCCGCAAGUGUCCCAGCGCCAGCCCGCCUCCGGCCUCAGCCCCUUCUGGGCUCUGAGAUAAGGCAGUGACGAGAGAAAAGGAAGGAAUAUGUUAGAGGGAGGGAGGGAGGGAGGGAAUGGUUUAGAGGGAGGGAGUCUGUUAGUGGGAGGAGGGAGUGGGUUAGAGAUUGAGGCAGAAGGUUUCAGACAGACUGGGUUAGGGGUUAAGGGGAGCUGGGUGAAAUGAGAGCAAACAUAAAGAUGUAAAGAGGUGCGUGUGUGUGUUUGGGAUACGAUU